GUUUUCUAUGCAGAUUCUGCAAAUUGAACCUCUAGUCAGAAAUGCAUUUGAAUGGUAUGGACCUGUUGUACAUCGAUGGCGAUGGUUCUGCUUCAUAUCACCGUUAUUUCUCACGCUGGCGUGUUCUGUAGGAUUUUUUAGAAUGACAGAGCUUCGAGUAGACGAUCCAUCAUAUGUUUUUACGCCGUCAGAUGCCAGGUGGAGAAGGGAAAUCAGUGUGUUCAAUGAGAAUUGGCCGCUCGAUGAGAACAAGUUUCUUCCUGGAAAAUCAUUCGAGGCUAAAAGAUUUGUUAACAUUUUGAUCCGUGCAAAAGACGGCGGGUCAAUCAUGAGAGACAACGUGUUACAUGAGAUUGAAAUUCUGAAUCAAUGGAUAAUGAAUAAUAUCUCAAUACCAACAGAUGAUUUAAAAUUUAAUUUGACGUAUCAGGAUCUAUGCCUGAGCUACGAUUGGGUUUGCGGAGCCAACGAGCAUAUCCAAAUGUUGCUCCGACGAAAUGACGUGAAUCAAAUUUUGGAUCUACACUUCCCGAGAGGCGGAACAAAAGAUACUCCCGUCUAUCUUGGUGGCAUUUUUGGCGAUGUUCAAUUCUUUCAAAAUGGUACAUUGAGCGACGCCAAGUUGACUCAGCUUUUUUAUUUUCUGAAACAAGAUCAGAAAAUGGUUGAAGAAUACUCCUCAAAGUUUUCGUAUGCGUUGGAGACGUUUCUAAAUCAAGUGUACAGUUCUGAUGUUAUAACAUUGUCAUUUGCUCACUAUCAAUCUCUUGAAGAUGGUCUCGAUGAAAAUGCAAAAGCUUUUGUUCCUAACUUUGUUGUCAGUUUUUUCGUGCUUGCGAUGUAUGCGUUGGUAUCCUCGUUCACUCUGAAAUCAAGCUCAGCAACGAAGAUUGACUGGAUUUCAAGUAAACCUUGGUUAGCUGCUGCAGGAAUGUUUUCAACGGUCCUAUCAAUUAUCAGUGCCUUUGGAUUUCUUUUCAUCCUUGGAGUACGCUACAAUGUUAUUAACACUAUCAUCCCAUUUUUAAUUAUUGCUAUUGGGAUUGACGAUAUGUUUUUAAUGAAUGCAUGCUGGGACCAAACCAGCAAGUCAUUAAGUGUACCGGAACGGAUGUCCAAGACCUUAUCACAUGCUGGUGUAGCUGUCACAAUCACAAAUGUCACUGAUGUUAUGUCAUUCGCCAUAGGAUGCAUCACCGAUUUACCUGGAAUCCAAUUUUUCUGUAUCUAUGCUUGCGUGUCAGUAGCAUUUAGUUAUUUCUAUCAGUUAACAUUUUUCUCUGGAGCCAUGGCUAUAAUGGGAGAGGUGGAAAGAGAGAAACGACACUGUUUGUUUUUUUACCGAACAUUUCAACUUGUCGAUAUUUCUAAAAUGAAUGAGGAAGCUGACUCGAAGCUGCAGCAAAUUAAAAGUCGAUCCGCUUCCCCUGCACCGUUCAACUACCUUAGCAGCUCUAACUCAUCCUUUUCUUCUGACAGUGACAGUUUUUCUUCGAAAAAGACUAUUCCGGCCGAGUUCGCUUGGAAAGAGCAACAGUCACCAAACAGUUCACUAUCGAAAAAGAGCAAGGACCGGGAGGAAAAAGAUCGAAUUGUUCAUUUUAUUGGAAAAAUCUAUGGACCAUUCAUUCUGUCCAAUUCAGUGAGAAUAUUUUCAGGACUGAUUUUUGUAGUGUAUUUGGCCAUUGCUAUGUAUGGAUGUUAUAACUUUCGAGAAGGACUGAACCCAGGCAAUCUGGUAACUAAUGAUCACUAUAUUGCGAAGUAUUUUUCUGAUAUCAAACAUUUCUGGAGAAUCGGUGCACAACUCCAUGUGGCGGUAUUAAACCCACCCAAUCUCACAAUUAGUGAAAAUAGGAACGAGCUUCUCAAAGUUGUCAGUGCAUUUGAAAACACACAAUAUACUCUAGGAAGGGAAGGAACCGUGUUUUUCCUGUUAGAGUACCUAAACUACUUAUCCGAAUUGAACGCAGAAGUUGAGGACACAGAAAGGUUAUGGAAAACCAAACUAAACUCCUGGUUGAAGUAUACGGGUGGCUCCACUCAAUGGGCCAGCAAUCUCAAAAUAAAUAAAACUGACGGAAGUUUUCAAGCUUUUCGAUUUCAGAUUGCUCUGAAAAACUUUGUUGAGCCAAAUGACCAUAAGCAUGCUGCUCAACUGCUGAGAGAUAUUGCCGACCAUCAGCCAUUUAACGUUGUUGUCUAUCACGAGGCCUUUCCAUUUGCCGACCAAUACCUUAUUAUUCUGCCUGCUACAAUACAAAACGUUGUCAUAUCUCUUCUUUGCAUGGCCGUCGUAUCCUUCCUGCUAGUGCCUAGUCUUCCAUCAGGAUUUGUCAUUUUUGUUUCCAUCGUGUCUAUCAACAUCGGCGUAUUUGGUUAUAUGACGUUGUGGGGCGUGAACUUGGAUGCAGUCAGCAUGAUAUCGAUUAUCAUGAGCAUCGGGUUUGCCGUCGACCUUUCCGCACACAUCAUUUACGCAUUUGUGACGUCACACGGUGAUACAAAGCAACGAGUCAUUGGAGCUCUAGAAACGUUGGGGUGGCCGAUAUUUCAGGGUGCCUCAUCAACCAUUGCUGGAAUCUCCAUACUUUACACAGUGGACGCUUACAUCAUUCUUGUAUUUUUCAAAACGAUCUGGCUCACAAUGCUCAUCGGCGCCAUUCAUGGACUGUUCUUCAUUCCAAUUUUCUUAUCACUGUUUCCAGUGGAGUUUUUCAGAAUACCAAAGUCAUCCGAACUUCAUUAAUUUUUUUUUUCGGCACCCUCAAAAUCUCAUGAAUUUAAACAAAAGACGAGUACUGUUGUGAAACAUGUUUUUCAAUUGUUGAGAAAAAAUGCUUUAUCAUUUUUAUUAAUAUUAUUUUAUUGUAUGUCUCUUUAAUUUUUGUUCUUAUUUGAAAACUUUUAAAUUAUUAUAGAAUGAAACAAUUC